CAUGCGGCGUGGAGCGAGCGGCGAGGAGCCCAGCGCCGCGGCCGAACCCCUCCGCAGCAGGCUGCCUGCUGUUUCCCGGGGAGAUCAUGAAACGAGGUCGCCUUCCCAGCAGCAGUGAGGAUUCUGACGACAAUGGCAAUCAAAUUUGGGAAACCUUGAAAGAAAGCUUGCUCUGCUGAGUGAUGGGAAAGGUAUUGGGCCUGCUUUCAAGGAACUCUGUCUUUGACAUAUAUAAAAUCCAGCUCGGAUGGAAAGUCAUCAGAAGAGUUGGAGAUGCCUUUUUUGAUGCACUGUGGAAAUGUAUAUAUGUAGACACAAAUUCAGAGUAGGGGAGGACCAGGGAAACCUAUAUAGGAGAUGAAAGUUGGGCAGAUCCUGAAGGAUGAAAUUGUUUUAGGCAAACAGGGUUGUUUUUCUGUGCUCCAAGUUUUGGGCAGAUUUAAAGUGGCAAAUUAGAAAGCAAGCUUUGCUGUGGGCGGCCACACUGACAACCACCGGAAACAUUAAAAACAGAGUGCAAACAGCAGUUUGAUUGGAGCUUUGGGUGCAGGCAUGGAGCAGUGGGAAGGAGAACUGGUGGUGAUGGGAGGGUGUUAGGUAUUGGGGUUACCUGCGAAGUAAGCUGUGACUGGACGGUGAAGGGCUGGGACUGAGGAGCCAAGGGAUGGGACCUCUCGGGACAGACAGUGGGAGCUGAUGUUUGGCACAAGGGAGGUGUGAACUGGGUGAGACACUUACUCUGAGUAAGCACUCCAGAGAGAGGGGCUUUUCUUCUGUUUCAGGGAGCGGUAUUAAGGGGCUGUACCGCAUCUGUGGGGGCCUUCGGGAAUGCCUUUUGAACUUCUUUCUUAGCGCUAUCUCGUUACACGGACUUCAUUACCUGUUUUCUCUAAUAUUUACUGAGGCUUUUUACUGCUUGAGUAUUCGGUACCUGCCCCCUGUGGUGCCUAUCACAGUGUCCUCUGGAAUUACAGGCACUCAGUAAAUGCUUGCUGCUUUCUGGAGUACACAGUUUUGUCCUGCAGCAAUUUAAAAAAAAAUCUUUCUUUUUAGGUUCAGAAUUAAUCAGAGGAAGGCUUCAAGAAGUAACGUCCGUGGGCUAACAGUGCCCAGUGAAAGGCUGAGUCCCAUUUCCCUGUUUCUGGUGGAGGAGCAGGUCUGUGCUCACUCUGUUACUCUCAGCACUGCCUCAUAUCCACCUUGGGAGAGCAGGGUUAGAAAAGGUUCUCCUGGAAUGUUCUGUCAGACUUAGACCCUUCCCCUUUCUGGACUAGAGCUGCCCAGUAGAAGGGAGAUGUUCUUGUGUAAGCAAGAAACUGAAUUUAAAAUUUUUAUUUAAUUUUAAUUAAUUAAAAUUUAAGUUUAAAAAGCCACAUGACUGGUGACUACCAUAGUGGGUCGUGCCGUUCUGGACCCUGGCCCAAUGCAGUCCUUCUCAGCUGUCCAGAGGCUCCAAAUAGCUCCAAAGGCUCUACCGGUCAUCGUUUCUGGCUGUCAUAACAAAUUCCACAGAGUUUGUGGCUUAAACAACAGAUACUUAUUCCUCACAGCUCUGGAGGCUAGAAGUCCAAGAGCCAAGGUGUCAGCAGGUUUGCUUUCUCCUGAGGCCUCUGUCCUUGGCUUGCAGACCACCACCUUCCUACUGAGUGCUCACAGGGUCUUUCCUCUGAGCGUGUGCAUUCUUGGUGUCUCUGUGUGUCUAAAUGUCCUCCUGUAAUCCAGUGAUGUCGGAUUAGGGCCAAUCAUUUUAAUUUAAUUACCAAUUUAAAGGCUUUAUGUCUAAAUACAGUCACAUUCUGAGACUUCAACAUAUGAAAUUUUGGGGGACACAGUUCAGCCCAUAACAGCCCUAGAAGAGAGACCAAACGCUUCAUCUAAACCUGUAUUUUUACCCAGAACUCUAGGAGGAAGAGAGUGCCCAGAGUCCCCACCAAAAGUGUGUCGAUCAAGUCACCUUAUUGGUAAUGGGCCUUUUUUGUCCGCCGACUAAAUAUUAUGCUUACGUCUGUGCUGGCCUCCCUAAAGAAGGUGGGGUGGAGGACUAAGGUAAAUAUUUAUAAAGUACUUGAGAGUUAAGUAGGUAAACCACAAAGCUGGGUUUCCUUCCACCCGAGGCUGCACAUGGAAGUAGAGUGGUGGUGGCAGAGGGUGAGGACGAAGGCUGCUAGUGGAAGGGAGGGAGGCUGAUCUCGUGUCAUAUUGACUCCGUGUAGAGCGUGUGAUGAUACUUUAUGGCUGUGCCGUGUGUUUAGGCCUAAUGAUGUGGUCAUUAUGCUGGAUGAUGAUCAUGGUAAGACCAUCGUCUUGGCAUCGAGAACCGUAGAAUGCCAAGCCACAUAAACACGCACGUGUCUGCGCCAUGGAACGCACUUUCCAGCCUCUGAGGGCAGCUGCUGCACGGUGUGGGCCUCGGCCACCCGCUGGCCUGUUUGCACUGGAGCCUGUCCUCUCAUGCAGGCACACGGUGGGUGUGAGUAGGGUGGCCUCGGUCAGGUGCACAGAACUGAGCCUGCCCUUAGCUGAGUUCGGGUACGUGGAAGCCCUGCUUGUAAGAAGGGCUGGGUCUGUGCAGUGGCCACUUCCCAUCCUUUCCAGGCUGCAGUUCUGACAGAAGUUUGGCAGCAGCUCCCAGCCCAAUGCAGAGCUUGUCCAAGUGGAGAAGAGGCAGUUGCAGACGGCAGCUUGGGGCCCCAGCACCAGCCAUGGCCACGGCUGGGCCCGGCUGGGCUCCUCGGCUGGAGCCCUUUGCUUUGAUUUCUGGCCUGGUCCAGGGGAAUACCAGUGUAGUAUUUACAGUUGGGGAUGGACAGGCAUUUUCUGUGCCAGUGUAAGUCCUCAUCCAGCUGCAGUCAUAGUUGUUGAAGCCUUUCUCCAGGUGCCCUGGACUGCCAGCCUUGGCAGCUGGAUGAAGUAGCGUUGGGGUGUUUGCAGGCUGUCUGUAAUUGCUGGGUUCCUGGGACGCUGGCUCAGCCAGUCUCUGAAGUUAUGCAUUGUGCCAGGGUGUGGCCUGGGGAAACAAGCACUUUAUUUCCUGCUUUCCAGUCCAUGGUCCUCUGUCCUUAGGGGUUUUGGCAAAUGUGGCAGUGGGUCCACCAGCUAUUUUUGGUAUUUCCGUCCAACCUGCAGGAAGGAGAGAGGAGCAGGAGGUUGAAUCUGUCAUCAUUGGCCAAUGAUUUAAUCAAUCAUGUCUAUGUAAUGAAGCCUCCAUAAAAACCCCAAAGGACAGGAGUGUGGAGAGCUUCCAGAUGGCAAGCACAUGGCGACUGGGAAGAGAAGGGUGUGCUCUAAGGGGGAUGGAAGCUCCGUGCUGUUUCCUCAUGCCUUGUCCUGUGUAUCUCUGCAUUUGGCUAUAGACGCAUAUCCUUCCAUAUCCUUUUAGAAUAAACUGGUGCUCCUAGUAAGUAACCUGUUUCUCUGAGUUCUGUGAGCAGCUCUAACAAAUUAAUUGCACCCGAGGAGGGGGUCAUGGGAACCUCUGCCAAUCAGAAGCACAGGUAACAACGUGGGCUUGGCAACUGGCGUCUGCAGUGGAGGGUGGUCUUGUGGGACUGAGUCUGUGGAGUCUGAUUCUAUCUCUGUGUCAGAAUUGAGUUGAAUUCUUGGACACCCUGCUGGCAUCUGACAGUUGCUUGCUGGUGUGGGGGAGCUUCCACAAGCACAUGUUGGAAUUGGGUCUGGGAACCAUUUUUACCUGACUAAUGUCCUAAACUUCAGGGCUGUGUUAACCUCCCUGUGGGAAGGCCUGGGGUGUGGCGAGCGGUCUGGGGCCAGGCAGCUUGUGGGGGCCCUACCUGGUCUCCUGGUUUCCACACCUGUGCUCACCUUGAAAUACUUCUGUCUUCAGCCAAGUUCUGCUCUGUCACUUGUGAUAAAGAAGGUGCAGAAAACAGCUGAGUAAAAUUCAAACCUACUAAUUUUGCACUUAGUAAUGCAGGUUGGUGAGUGACAAACAUGAAGUUAUGUGAGGACUUUUGUUUUUCUGGGCUUUCUCCAGCUUGCACAUAAACAAUGAAGAAAGACCAAAAUUUUUCGUGGAUGAAACUUCUGCUUUGGACCCUUUAUGUUACAUUUUUAGAGAACUUGCUGUCUUUUUUUGUUUGUUUGGCUGUGCUUGGUUUCCUUCAUGGCAAGUCUUCGGAGGUUUCUUGGUGGUUUCUCUUUUGCAUAAAAGCUAACUCUGCUUCCACUUCUGUUCCUGUUUGACUGUACCUUUAAUUUGCUGCUUCCUCCCCAUCAGUUGCGUCUUGUGACACCAAGGAGUUGUGUAGGAAUUCUUGAAAUGGGGGAAUUCUGGCUCAGUACUGAAGAACGUGUGCUGUAUCCACGUGCAGGCACAUGGAGAUGGCUUUGCCCCUUUUCAAACCUGACUUGUGGCUUGUCCUUGACAUUGACGGGCAGAGCAUCAUCUUGGGCGCAAGGGGCACCUAGCACAGCAUGGUCUGGUCCACGGGCUUGGACUUAACAGAAGGGCUGGGUGAUUGUGGAACAUUUCUGGCAGGUGGUUGAAGGCCCAAGGAUGUUGAAACGUUCCUGGGCUAGUUCUCUGAAUGUACUCAUUAAGCUUUGUUUUUUGGAAGGUGGAAGUGAGUUGGACCAUAGAGCUAAGCCAUGCUGGGAUGGAAAGGCUGGGCUGUGGCAGAGGUGGGGUCAGGCCCUGAUAGAAACAGCAGGGAUGUGAGAGGCUUGUCUUUUAUCAUGCCGUUUGAGCAGAUGGGAACUAUGUUAAACUUGCUUCCUUCUUUCAGAUAGGACUUUCCGUAGCCCUGCUCUACUGGCACAGGGCUGGCCGCGCCUUGCUCUCUCGGGUCUGCACUGUGGUGGUGACACCGGCUGGCCUGUGGGGCUCCGUACUUGCUGGUCCUAAGCAUCUUACUUUGUUAAGCUGGGUUAACACUCUUAAAGACAUGAGAGGAGUAUUUAGUGUCUAGAAGCAGGGUCUGAGACACAAGAGAUUCACCCUUUGGUCAGUGGUAAGGGUCUUUCGUAGUUUGCAUUUGUGGUGGUGUGAGCACCCACCCAACUGCCAUUCAUUCUCAUUUCUGAACCUUUCACACGCUGCGCAACCUGGGAGGCUUAACACACACGCACCCCAGUGUUGGAGGUGUGUGCAAUAUGUAUUAGAUUUACUCUUGAGAUUUUUUUCCUUAUUUUAGAUCUAGGGCAAGACAGCAUGACUAUUUUUAAUAUUUCAAAGGAGAGUGUUUGAGAUAAAUGCAUAACAGCACAGUAAGCAGGGUACGUAAUGCAGUGCAUGCACAGGAUCCGCGCUCAUGAUGCUGCCACCGUUUUGUUGACACUCAGACAAUAUAUAUCAAGAAUUUUAAAAGUCACGUGCACUUGUCACUAGAGCGGACUUAACUUUAGGUAAUAAUAUUUUGUGUGUGGGCAAUAAAAUAAUUUUAGAUAUCAUUGCCAAAUGUUUAGAGUUCCUAACUCCUCUCCUGAAAGCAACAAGAAAAUGAAACAGAAUUUUACUUGCCAUAUUCUUAAUUUAGCUUGUCAUGAGAUGUUAGCGUUCUGAAAACGACAAAAUGCAGCAUCAACCUGGCAUAAUCUUAGCAUGUGUUUUUAAAGAACAAGUGGCCAGUGUUUUACUGUAGUGUAAAUCACUGUCUCCCAGUCCUUUUGGUGUUUGAAAUACUCUAAUUUCUGGUUUAAAAGUUUUUUUCUCCAACAUACUUUCAAAAAAUAUGUUCUGUGACAUAACUUUUUAAAAUUAAAAUGGGUGCAAAUUAUUUUUGCUUGGGUCCUAUUCUGGGAAGUAUCCGGAGAGAACAUGGAUGAGGGAGGAGAACUGGUGUAGGAACGUCAAGGCUCUUGCUUGGAGUCUCCUGUGGACUAGCCGUGGAUGUUUUUGUAGAUGGAGGUGUGUUCCAGUCAGGAAGCAGUGGCCCCACCGUGCUGUCUUUAAAGGCAUUAGUACUUUAUUUUGCAUGACCUCAUUUUCCUCGAGCUCAAGAGCAUAUCUUCUAACUGGUAAGACAGGGGUGUAUUCUUGGUAUCCACUGCUUUCAGCUCUUGAGUCACAGUCCUGAACAGUGACGAUGUAUUUUUGUUUGAGAAUCUGCUGUGUGCACGGUGCUGACCUAGGUGUACUAUAUGUUGUAAAUAGUGAUCACAUCGUUUUUAAGUCAAUUAGAAGGAGGACAUUACCAGCAACAUGUAUCUGCUGCUAGACGUGGGAGGAUCCAGCUUCUCACUGUUCAGCAGUAAAAUCAAGGUUUUGUACAAACCCACCUGUGUGGAGUAAAGUGGGACAUUUUCUUUUCCUUUACUGUGAAUGGAUGGUAGAAAAUCAUCAGUUAUUUUCUGCACACAUUUAAAGUGUGUACUUUGAUACAUUUUGACAUGUUUACACCCAUGAAAUCAUAAAACUCAAGAUAAUCUUUCCCUCCCUGCUUUCCCCAGUCAACCUCUGAUCUACUUUCUGUCACUGUAGAUUAGUUUAUAUUUUCCAGAGUUUUAUAUAAAUGGAAUAAUACAAUACAUACUCUUUUCAUCUUUUCACUCCACAUAAUUAUUGCCACACCCAUCCAUGCUGUGUGUAUCAACAGCUCGUUCUUUUUUAUCGCUGGGUAGUAUUCCGUGGCGUGGAUAUGCCACUGUUUGUUUACUCAUUCACUCUGUCCGUGGAUGCUUGGAUGGUUUCUACAAAAUAAGCUAAGAACAUUUCCUUAUGUCAGUGAUAAUUAAACUUAGCUUUCCCCCAGUCUUUCCCUUUCUGCACAGUGAGUUUAAUGAGGUUGAUUUUUCUCUUCCUCCUUUUGCAUUAGGCAAAUUAAAAGAAAGAGGAACAAACUAUUUCUGGGUGGGCCAGAGCUGCUCUCGGGUAAUAUGAUCAGAUACCAAAUUUGCAGCAUUUUUGAAUUCCUGUUACCUAAAGGUAGGUAACAUUUUUCAAGAAUAUGAAAGCAGCCCUAGGAAAAGUGUCUAAAUGAUUGCCAUUACUUGGGUUGUGUUCUGUGCCAGCGAAGCUGCCAGCUUCCUGGGAACCUUGCAGACGACCCUGGAGGGAUCCUGACGGAUCCCCAAGAAGAGGCAAGAGGGUCACAGAAACUUAAGAAUGAACGAAUUUCUUUUCUUUUCUUUUUUUUUUUUUAAUUUUUUAUUUAUUUGUUUUAUUUAUUUAUUGGCUGUGUUGGGUCUUCUUUGCUGCACACGGGCUUUCUCUAGUUGCUGAGAGCAGGGGACGGGGGCUACUCUUCAUUGUGGUGCGCAGGCUUCUCAACGCAGUGGCCUCUCUUGUUGAGGAGCAUGGGCUCUAGGUACAUAGGCUUCAAUAGUUGUGGCACAUGGGCUCAACAGCUGUGGCUUACAGCCUUAGUUGUUCCGCAGCAUGUGGAAUCUUCCCAGAGCAGGGCUCGAACCCUUAUCCCCUGCAUUGGCAGGUGGAUUCUUAACCACUGCACCACCUAGGAAGUCCCUGAACGAAUUUCUUGUUUGUGCUUUAACUCUGAGAGUAUUUGACUGUAAGCGCUUGCCUCCACGCACCCCGUGUUGGUUAUUGAAGUAUAGCAGUGGGAUGAGUUUUGAAAUUUUUCUGGUUUUGUACCUUUUCAUUUAUAACCCUUUACAUAGUGAUUCACACUAAAGGGGCCACCCCUUUCUGCCCUGCAUCCCCUCCCCGAGCCCCUGGGCGGUCCCAUCUAGAGUUGGCUUGUGCUCUUCCCCGUCUCUGCUUUCAGCCUGUGGCUGGCGGGAGCAUGGCCUGCAGGACCAGAGGGUGGAAGAGAGGCCUCUCUAGAGAUGUGAGCUGCCCAGCUGCUUUCCUCUCGAGGCUCCUAGUUUGGCUUGUCUUCCUUUUCCCAACGAUGGCUGGGUUUAGGACUUCCUGCAAGUCAGGCUCACCCCAGUUUGCCUAGAAUAUUUUUUUCAGUGUGGGAGUGAAACUUUCUUCUUGUUCAUUUAAGAGUCUAAAGAGAUAUACUUAGGAUUAUUUUUUAAAGAAGCAUUUUCGAAAGUAUUACUGAACGAUGCAGUAGGGUCACUGGUAGGAAAUCUAAUUCUGCUGGCCUAGGAGCAGACAGUCAUUUGACCCAGUAAACAAGCCUUGGAACUGGUCAUCAAGGGUAGAGCUCUUCCCUGUCAGGGGGCAGCCUGGCAAUCCCCUUUAGUCUCUGUCAUUGCAAAUCUGAUGAUAGGCUUAUGUGCAGAACCUAUUUCUUAAUGUCCAUAAGGUUUUAAGGAUGCUUUGAUUCUGUGUCCCUUGUCUUUGAAAUCUGUAGAGAUUCCCGUUUGAGUGACAAGCGAUUUUACUGAUAGAAUGGCAGUUCCCUCGGGUUUUAGUUUUUAUUGGGUGGGGGAGGGGUGUUGUUAAUUUCUGGGAAAUGGUACAGUUCAUUCACCAUGGAGGCAAGUUAUUAGACACACUGCAGGUAGUUAGGAGGGCUGUUUCAGAUCUGGCGGUGUGGCACCCACGGACAGGAGGCAGUAGCAGAGGUGGAGGAGAGGGGCUGGGAUUCUCAGGUAUUGGGUGGUUGAAUUGAUGUUACUCAGCCAUUGCUUGGAUGUGUCCUGAGUGAGGAGAGUCUAGAAAGACUCUCAUUUCUGACUUCAGGUAGAAAUGGUGGUGAUAUCCGUCUAAGUAGAAAUAGAAGAACAGGUUUGGGUAAAAUGGCGAGCCCAGUUACUGUCGUGCUGAGUUGACUGAUCUCAGGAGCACUCUGGGCUUGGUUGAUGUCUGAUCUCACAGUGAACAUGGACCUGGUGCUUGGGAGGGAGAUCAGUGUGGGAGUGCAGGUCUCACAGGUAAGACUGUGGGCACGGAUGAGCCCUCCCCGGGAAGGGCACUGGAGCAAGAAGAUGAGAGAGUUCAUGCACGGAAGACAGGGACCCACAGAGUGGGGACACCAGGAAGGAGGACUGCCACUGCGGCUGAGGGAGCAUCUCAAGCAGGAUGGAACCAGUGCUGCAGAGGGGUCUUAGGCCCGAGAGGAACUCAGACUUGGUGGCAGUUAAGAGACGCCUGUCAACUACUUGGUCACAGAAUUCCCGAUCUCAGCACAGGAGAAGUUCGUGCUCCAGACACGAAGACCGAAAGCCUUCGGAGGUGUUUAGGACAGACCUGAUCACCGCCAUGAAGCUGCACGACUCCUACCAGCUCAACCCGGAUGAGUACUAUGUGCUGGCAGAUCCCUGGAGGCAGGAGUGGGAGAAAGGGGUCCAGGUGCCAGUGAGCCCUGGGACCAUCCCUCAGCCCGCGGCCAGGGUUGUGUCUGAAGAGAAGUCCCUCAUGUUCAUCAGGCCCAAGAAAUACAUCGUCUCAUCGGGCUCUGAGCCUCCAGAGCUGGGCUAUGUCGACAUCCGGACGCUGGCUGACAGCGUGUGUCGUUAUGAUCUCAAUGACAUGGACGCUGCGUGGCUGGAACUGACCAACGAGGAGUUUAAGGAGAUGGGAAUGCCUGAGUUAGAUGAAUACACCAUGGAAAGGGUCCUGGAGGAAUUUGAACAGCGAUGCUACGACAAUAUGAAUCAUGCUAUAGAGACUGAAGAAGGCCUGGGGAUUGAAUAUGACGAAGACGUUGUCUGUGACGUCUGCCAGUCUCCUGACGGGGAGGACGGCAAUGAGAUGGUGUUCUGUGACAAAUGCAACAUCUGCGUGCACCAGGCCUGUUAUGGAAUCCUCAAGGUCCCAGAGGGCAGUUGGCUGUGCCGGACGUGUGCCCUGGGGGUUCAGCCCAAGUGUCUGCUGUGUCCCAAGAAAGGUGGAGCGAUGAAGCCUACCCGCAGUGGGACCAAGUGGGUCCACGUCAGCUGUGCGCUGUGGAUCCCCGAGGUGAGCAUUGGCAGCCCCGAGAAGAUGGAGCCCAUCACGAAGGUGUCUCACAUCCCCAGCAGUCGGUGGGCGCUGGUGUGCAGCCUCUGCAAUGAGAAGUUUGGGGCUUCCAUACAGUGCUCUGUGAAGAACUGCCGCACAGCCUUCCACGUGACCUGUGCUUUUGACCGGGGCCUGGAGAUGAAGACCAUCUUGGCCGAGAAUGACGAAGUCAAGUUCAAGUCCUACUGCCCGAAGCACAGCUCUCAUCGCAAACCCGAGGAGAGCCUUGGUGAGGGGACCGCUCAGGAGAACGGGGCCCCUGAGUGCUCCCCCCGGGACCCGCUGGAGCCCUUUGCCAGCCUUGAGCAGAACCACGAGGAGGCCCACCGGGUGAGCGUCCGGAAGCAGAAGCUGCAGCAGCUGGAGGAUGAGUUCUACACCUUCGUCAACCUGCUGGAUGUUGCCAGGGCCCUGCGGCUGCCCGAGGAGGUAGUGGAUUUCCUGUACCAGUACUGGAAGUUGAAGAGGAAGGUCAACUUCAACAAGCCCCUGAUCACUCCAAAGAAAGACGAAGAGGACAAUCUAGCGAAGCGGGAGCAGGAUGUCUUGUUUAGGAGGCUGCAGCUGUUCACUCACCUGCGGCAGGACCUGGAGAGGGUUCGGAACCUCACUUACAUGGUGACCCGCAGGGAAAAGAUUAAACGAUCUGUGUGCAAAGUCCAGGAACAGAUAUUCAAUCUUUACACUAAGCUUUUGGAGCAAGAAAGAGUUUCAGGUGUGCCUUCUUCUUCCUGCUCCUCCUCCUCACUGGAAAACAUGCUUUUGUUUAACAGUCCUUCUGUGGGCCCCGAUGCUCCCAAGAUAGAGGACUUGAAGUGGCAUUCUGCGUUCUUCAGGAAGCAAAUGGGUACUUCCUUGGUUCACUCGCUGAAAAAGCCCCAUAAGCGAGAUCCAUUGCAGAACAGCGCUGGGAGCGAAGGCAAAACCUUGCUGAAGCAGCCAGACCUGUGCAGAGGAAGGGAGGGGAUGGUCGUCCCAGAGAGCUUUUUGAGUUUUGAAAAGACCUUUGCAGAAGCACGUCUCAUGUCAGCACAACAGAAAAAUGGUGUGGUGAUGCCAGACCACGGGAACAGAAGAGACCAUCGUUUUCAUUGUGAUCUCAGUAGGGGAGACUUAAAGGACAGACCUUUUAAACAGAGUCACAAGCCUCUCAGGUCCACAGACAUGUCCCAGAGGCAUGUGGACAACACAAGAGCUGCCGCCUCCCCUGGAGUGGGGCAGUCAGCACCCAGCAUGAGGAAGGAGAUGGUGCCCAAGUGCAACGGCUCCCUAAUCAAAGUAAACUAUAACCAGACCGCAGUCAAAGUGCCUACAACACCUGCCAGCCCCGUGAAGAACUGGGGAGGAUUCCGGAUUCCAAAGAAGGGGGAAAGGCAGCAGCAGGGAGAGGCCCACGAGGGGGCCUGCCACCAGCACUCAGACUACCCCUAUUUGGGCUUAGGCCGAGUUCCAGCCAAGGAAAGGGCAAAAAGCAAAUUGAAAUCUGACAAUGAGAAUGAUGGGUAUGCCCCUGAUGUAGAAAUGAGUGACUCAGAGAGUGAGGCAUCAGAAAAGAAAUGUCUACAUGCCAGCAGCACGAUCAGCAGGAGGACAGACAUCAUCAGGAGAAGCAUUUUGGCCUCUUGAUGAAACAGAGAUGGCGUGGGAGUUGAGGAGACGAGAGCUCUGACACGGGGGACCCGCAGAAACCCUUCUCUCCUGAGCUACACAAACACAUUUACUUGCAAUUCAGAUAGAGGUUUUUUUUCAGUCAUUUAUAAAUCAUUGUUGUGAGAAGUGUGUUAUUUGCAACUUGUUGAGGAAACACAAGAGUAGAGUGUAACCGUAAGACACUGCUAAGACUAGAGGCUGAAUUAAACACUAAAAUAAGAAUGGAUGAAAUAAGUUUCUUAAGAGGGCAAGGCUUAAUUAGAUAAGCCUCAUGAGUUUUUUUUAUCGCCCUCUGUAUUCUUCCCAAAGCACAAACUCUUGGUUACCUGAAUAUACGGAAUCAGAUAUGGUUUUUGAGAAACCCUCACGUACCAUUUAAUAGCCCAUAACACUUAUUUUCUAGGACUGUGGUGGAUCUUGAAAUCAUAUUUAUACUUUGGCCCACAGGCUGUUUUGGUUGCAUUAUAGUAUACAGGCAGUAGCUCUGAAGCUUCAGUAACUCUAGGGAAUACAUGUGUAAAUACAGCAGAUAAGGGAAGAGAAAAUUUUAAAAAAAGGUCAUUACUGCAAGAUCUAAAGGGACAGGGUAGAGCAGCUGAAGCUUGGAGGUGAGGGUAAAUGUAAGCGAGGGCCUGCUGCCCGAAGCCCUUGAGUGUGUUGUGGACACAGGGCUGGUGGAGAGAGAAGCCAUUCCAGAGGUCCAUCUCUGAGAAAGGGCAGUUGAGGUCCCGUCUUUACCAGUCAGUCCUCUUGACCUUUCUCUUCCCUAACCACUGCCUUUUGGGCCAGCUUGGGAUUUUGCUGGCCCUUGGCAAUAACUGGCCAUCUGGCUUCCAACAAUACAAUGGCUAUUUAAGUUCAAGCGAUGAACUUCCAGACUCUGGUGACUCAUGUUUCCCAGAGCCAACCACUAGAAUAUAUGUCAGGGAAUCCGGCCUUCUAACAUGAAUGGAUUCCUUUAAAAAGAAAAAAAGAAAAAAAAAAGUAAAAUUAAAAAAAAGAGGAAAAAAAAGCGAAAUAGGUUAUGUUUUAAAAACAAUAGAAAGGCAAUAAGUUGCGAUAACCUCUUACCACUGACCAAGGUUAUAUAGGAAAGAGAUUGACAUGUAAUAGGUCUUCUGGAGUCAGAGUUCUAUGCUCUAAUUCGUAACUUGGACUUUCUAAUUGCAAAUGGCAAUAACUAGUAAGUUAUCAGCAAUAAUAAAUUUAGCAUUAAAUUUGAGUACAAUGUUCUGUUUUUGCACUCACUGUAGUGCGUUAUGUAUUAAGACAGUGGAUAGUGUUAAGGUCCUGUUAAUUUUUUUUUUUUUGGAAUUCAAUGUAGUUGUGAAUCAAACUUAAGAGAAGGAAAGUUUAAGUAGCAAUGAGAUUUAGAAUUAUGGGCUCUUGGAACAAGCCCAACUUCCCCUAAAUUAUCCCUUAGUUUGUUAAUAUCAGUAUUCAGAUUCCUGAUUCAUUUAUACAUUUGUUUCCACGUGGCAGGGACAUUCUGAUACUUAAGAAGUAACGCUUUGAGUUCUGUAGUUACCUUUCAAGUCUUCCAGAUGAUUGUCAACAAGGAAAAGGCUUAUUGAAUUCCACCUUGCUAUGCAAGUUUUAUCAGAUGAUCAAAUAGUAGAUCUGAUACAUCCCCACUGUCUGUAUGACAUUUUCAAACCAAGUCUUAACUUUUUGAAUACAUUUUAGUAGCUAAUUCAGGGGAGGGGAAAGAAUGACCCAGGUUUUUAGAUUGACUAUUUUUGAGCUAUGGGGCUCAUUUUUCAAAGACUGUUGUCCAGAUAAACUGUUGCUACAGAUAUUAGACGUUUCUUAUGAAUCCAAGUUGUUCAUUAACUCAGCAUAAUUUAAAAAUCAGUUUUUUUUUUUUUUUUGCACAUGCGCAAAAAACCUUUUGCUGGAUACAGAAGAAGGUGGACUCUAUUUACAGUUUAUCUUUUGACUACAGCAACAGCUCUGGGUGAGAGUAGAAUAUAUAGAGGGAUAAUUUGUCAAGCCAUAGAAAGAAAAUCUAAAUUAAUUCUAGUAAGUAUAUGACCUCUCACCAUUAUAAGAGGUACCAGUUUCAUUUGCACUAUUAGGAAUGCUAGUUUUGUGCAAAAAUAAUGCCUUACCUGUUUUUUCCCCACAUUUAGGUUGAAAAGCUUUCAAACGUUCCAAGUUAUGCUGAACCAAAAAACAAAACAAAACAAAAAAUAAAAAUAAAAAAAAAAAACCACACAAAAACAAAACACACAAAAACAAAAAGCCCACACUUUUAAUUCCCGCUUUGAAAUGCAAAUGGUACAGAGCUCGGUUUCUCUGACAGUGUAAUGAUAGCUUUGUAAGUUAGUUUCACGUCCUGCUGGGAACUCUGUAUGAGGUGGCCGUGAGCGGCAACCAACCCAACCUGCCCACUUGCACUCUGAGUAUGGAACCAUUUGCUCUUCUUUUCUUCUUUUUUUUUUUAAGCUUUAUCUUUCCUUGUGCAUCCUGACCAAGAAAUAUCUUUGAUUAUGAUCAAUGUAUUAUGUCAAAAUGUAGGCUAGUUAAACUUUUGUAAAGUUGCCUGGAAUGUCAUUUGUUAGGUUAUAAACACAAAAUCUAAAUGAAGGGUUAUAUGUGUUGUGUACAAAUCUUAAUUAUUUUGAAACGGACAAACCUGUCAUUACAUUUGUAACCUUGUACAGAGGAUUUUUCACUAUGUGCCUAGCUUGGUGUCCAUUCAGCUAAAAUUGAAAAAAAAAGGUGCAUGAAGAGUUAAAAAUCAGAAUUAAACAAAGUAUAUGUAGAGAUGACUAUUUUAUAUUACAUGGCCCAAUCCUGUAUUUAUUUCUACCCCCUUUUUGAAAGUAUUUAUAAAACUAGUUGAGGACAGCUGUAUUUUUUUGUUGAACAAUUUAGUAGAAUUUGUGCCUUUUUGUCUGUAUGUGAAUAAAUGCUGUACAUUUUGCAAUACA